GAAUGAAGUAUUUCGUAUUUCUCAAUAUUGAAAUGCUGUAUCACACCAAAAAAUGGAGAUGCAAACAUUCAUCAGCGUCUGGUACUGUAUGAGGGUUACUCGUACCGUGUGGUGCGAUUCGUUUGCGAUAGAUUUACUAUGUUAGUUCUACGGCAUGCAAUUUCAAGGAUUUGGCUAUGCACAGAAGAAUGAACAAUCAAGAGUUGCCCGAUGACGCAAACGAACUCGUGGGUCUGAAAAUUGCACAAGGAAAAUCACGAGCAAGAACGGAGAUGUACUUGAUCCUACUGCACCCCUCUUGUGGCGCACCAAUGGAACAUCUUAAUACCGGAUAGUAUGAUUCAUUAUUUUUUACUUAUGAAAAAUGAUUGAGUAUUUUCAGUACUAAAACCGUGUACAUAACGGGACCAUAAAUAAUGAUUACUAGUAACUUUUACAUGACUCUGUAUUGGUACAAGUUCACCUUUGAGACGUACACCCUAAUCAUCCAAUUUCAUUUUCAUUGAGAUACUUAGGGUUCUCAGAUCCAAGGACAAGAUCAGGCACCUGUUUCCCAACACUUAUAAGUCAAACUUCGUUACUUCAAGGAAGAGAAGAAGAAUUCAAUGAGAGGCUAUAUUACAGUUGAAGUUAUCAUUCAUUACUAUUGGGUAGUUUGAGCCAUCAACAGCAUAGUUGAAGGAAUGUCUUUGAAUUUUACCUUCAAUUAGUUAUUUUUUGCUUUCUUCCAGGCAUUCAUUCUAUGAUUUAAACAGCUAGAUAAAGUUCUUGCAGCGAUUAAUUUGGAACACGUUGGAUCAAUCGAAUGACUCCUCAAGCGAAUUGCCUCCUUUCGUGACCGUAGAAUUUUGUUCUGACUCGGAAGCUACUUUACAAUAAUAUUGCAUGCAUGAAGGCAUAAACCAAAGUCUAUGCGAUAAAAAUUAAUACUCCCAAAAACGUGUCCUAGAUGUCAAGAUAGAAUCUUAUUGCUGAUCAAGAAAAAAUACAUGCAAGCAGAAGGACCAUCGGGACCAUAAUUAUAUGCCUCGUUCAGAACCACCCCCGAAAUUGCAACAGGAGAACCGAUUCAACCAUCCCGUAGGUUUUUUAAAGAAUUAGGACCUAAGUGAAUCCCUGCCUGAGAUUGUGAAAGGGCUAUUCCAAACGUAAAAAAGCGUUAUUUGAUUAUUACGAAAAUAACAUGGAACAACAAGGUCAUGGAAUGUUUUCGUGAACUUGGAGCCGCCAGUCGAACUUCCUGGUCGUCCUGCACAUCUUGCGCGACAAUUUGGCCAUUCCCGUCAUUCCAGAUUGGCCAAAUUUUGACUAAGGGAGUAACUCCUCUUUCAUGUUGUCGUUGGUGUCGGUGCCAUAAUUAUUGGUCCGGGAAUUGUCACUUUCCGUUGGUCGCAGUAAUUCCAAACAGCAAGAACAACAACAGUGCGGUGGUAGGCAGUUAUGAAUACUAGUGGUAAUUUCACCAUCUUUCUCUGUCGUUCGUUCCCUACCCCGCUACCAGAGAGGAGUAUUAGUGCACCAAUCCACCGGGCCACAACAGAAAACACACGUGUUGAUUUAGAGUUACUACUUAUUCUUCUUCGAAAUUUGUUGUUCGUUUUGUUGUUGCUCAUAAGUAUGCUUUUUAGUGCCAUAACUACGUGUUUACAAUAAAGAGCGAGGUGAAUCACUAUCUACUCGGGAUUUACUCUCACACCUGGUACUAAUCAUUUCGUCGGUAUGCUGCUGUUUUCUAGCACUUUUUGCGAUAGAUGAAUCAAGAAGAAAAUUGAGUAGAGUGGAAUUCGUGUUUCGUGUGUAAUUCCAGUCGAUAUACCGGCUCCUCUAAGGCGACCGCCUGCACCAAUGGUAGUACUAGCACUGGAUUGCAUUGUGCUGUAUUGUCUUCUGGUUUUCUUUUUGUGGCACGCAGCCAACAAUACGCGACUCGGCAGUGGUUCCUAGUCUUGUCGUGUUUUUUGUAUUCACAGCCCCUCGACCUCUGCCGAUGUGCCAGGAGGCGACGACGCCCCCUGGGACUCGCUGGAUCGUCCCUUUUGCGGGAGAAGGCCGUCCCCUGACUUGGUUCGGGCCGGGGGCUUGCGGACAACGCCCCUCACCACGGGGUGCUGCCUCGCCUCGUCGCUGUUCCCGUCCGGAUCGUCGCCGUCGUCGCUGUUCCGGGGCAACCCGGAUCCGGACCGGCGAGGCUGCCUUCUCCGCAAUCCGCCCAGAGCUCGUCCCUCGGCUUCCCUCCCUUCGAGCGUCUGCGGCGGCGACAGGGCCAAGUUCCUGGUGGCCUCCCGCAUGGCCCCCAGCAUGUCGCUCGAUCUCUGGCGCCGGGCCGAGUUUCGCUUGAGUGCCGCUUCCCGGUAGGCUUCGUCGUGGACGGUGGUCCUCCUCCCGCCGCCGCUUCUCUCCCUUCUUCGGCUGGCAGGCCUGCUCUGUUCGUUGUCGUCGUCAUCGUCCGAGCGGGGCAGCGGAACAACGUAUUCGUCGCAUCCGUCGUCGCAUCCGAAACCAUCCGCAUCCGAGCUCGCGUUCGGGUUUUUCCACACGUGCUGCCGUUCGGCGCGCUGCACGAGGCCCUCCCCGGACUUGGUUCGAGCCGGGGGCCUCCUGGAAAAGCCCCGGCCAUCCGUCCCUGUAUUCCCCCUGCCGCCGGGAUCCGCCUUCUCGACCGGUAAGACCAUCGGCGGUUCGCCGAGAGUCUCGUGGUUGUCGUCGUCUUCGUCGCGUAUGGGUCCCCCGCGAUAGCGAUCGGAUGCCCCGCCCGUUGCAAUACGCCGUGCCACGCCGCAAGAGGCGGCGCGUUCGUACGAACAACAGCUCCCGUUGGUAGCAAUCGAGACCCCGUCGCAGAGGCUCGCAGCUUCAAAUUCAUUGUCGCUACUGCUGCAGCUCUGGUCCAUUUCGAGGGCGAGGUCAACGUCCGUUUUUGAUGAUUCUUCGAGGUUCUUGCCGUCCAUGGUGUUUCAGUUUGUUUUUGUCAGAUUUGAUAUAGUUUUUGAUUUUUUCGAAUCGAUCGAUUGGAACCAAUCAACAACAGCAAGCCGA